AUGAAUCCAAAUCAAAACAACGGUCAUGGGCAAGGAAAUCAAAAUCCACAACAAGGACAACCCGGUGAAAAUGCACUGCAAGUCACAGGUAAAUAAGAGCACAGAUGCUACUAAAGGGUGAGUUUUACAUAGGCACAAAAGCAGAGACUAAUUAGAGAUAAAUAGAAUUAUGUAAUACAACAUCUCGUAUAAGAGAAAUCGAUAUUCUUUGGUUUCUAUUCCCUAAUAUAUAGUUAGCAUCGUUGCUAUAAUUUCUACUAUCCGAAAGCAUAGGAAGUAUUUGAACGCUACGGACUAUUUGAACACAGGAACAUGUAUGAACUAUGGGAUAUUAGAAACUACACUAUAGAACAUUAGAAGCCAUUAUUCGUAGAAUAAAAUCUGUAAAGAGUAAAGGAACUAUUCGAAUUAUAGAACGUGGACACCUAUAGCAAUUAUUCAAGCCAUAGAAACUA